UAUCAAUCAAACAACAAAUCAUAUACAAGCAAUUAUGGUCACAAAAACAAAAACAAUGUCUCUAUCAUUGACACUCCUCCUCUUCAUCCUUGUUUCUACCGUCUCCGUGACCUCAACACUAGAAAACCUUUCACCGGCAGCUGAAAACAAAGGAUAUUGGUGUGUAGCGAAUAAAAAAGCAACAGAUGAGCAGCUACAAGCGAAUAUAGAUUGGUGUUGCAGCUACGAAGGAGGAUUCCGUGAUUGUACACAGAUCAAUCCCGGUGGAGUUUGCUAUGAACCAAAUACUCUACGAGACCACGCGUCGUACGUAAUGAACUUAUAUUACCAGAACCUUGGUAGAACCAAAGACCAAUGCACUUUCAACGGUUCUGGCUCUGAAGUUACUAAAGACCCAAGCCAUGACGCGUGUAUUUUCAUAUCUUAUGAUUAAUGUAUGUGUGGUAGAUUUUUAAGCCGAAUCUCCAAAUAAGUUGAAAAUGCUAUAUAUUGAUCAAAUAUCUCUAAUCUCUGUAUAAGUUUAUAUGUAACUAUAUAUUGGAGUAUAUUCUCAACUUAUAGAACAUCUUCAUAUU